AUGAGGCCCGCGCUGCCGCUGCUCCUCGCCGCCGCCUGGCUGCUGGGCGCCCUGAGCGCCGGCGCCGCCGGCCUGUACGUGGGCUUCUCAGAGAUGGUUCGCUUCAAGUCCUGGAUGCUGCAGCACCAGAAGACCUACGGCACCGCGGAGUACCAGCACCGGCUGCAGACCUUCGCCAACAACCGGAGGAGGAUGGCGGCUCACAACGCCAAGAACCACACGUUCCAAAUGGGAAUAAACCCGUUUUCCGACAUGACCUUCGCGGAGUUCAAGCACAAGUACCUGUGGUCCGAGCCUCAGAACUGCUCGGCCACAAAGAGCAACUACCUGCGGGGCCGGGGCCCCUACCCGAGCUCGGUGGACUGGAGGAAGAAAGGGCCCUUUGUCUCCAAAGUGAAAAACCAGGGCGGCUGUGGCAGCUGCUGGACCUUCUCCACCACCGGGGCCCUGGAGUCCGCCAUCGCCAUCAAGACGGGCAAGAUGCUCUCGCUGGCGGAGCAGCAGCUGGUGGACUGCGCCCAGAACUUCAACAACCACGGCUGCCAGGGGGGCCUCCCCAGCCAGGCCUUCGAGUACAUCCGUUACAAUAAAGGCAUCAUGGGCGAGGACACCUACCCCUACACCGGCCAGGACGGCAAGUGCAAGUUCCAGCCCGAGAAGGCCAUCGCCUUCGUCAAGGACGUGGCCAACAUCACCCUGAACGACGAGGAGGCCAUGGUGGAGGCGGUGGCGCUGUACAACCCCGUGAGCUUCGCCUUCGAGGUGACCAGCGACUUCAUGAUGUACCGGAAGGGCAUCUACUCCAGCACUUCCUGCCAUAAAACCCCAGACAAGGUCAACCACGCGGUGCUGGCUGUGGGGUACGGAGAAGAAAACGGGAAACCCUACUGGAUCGUCAAGAACUCCUGGGGCCCCCAGUGGGGGAUGAACGGGUACUUCCUCAUCGAGCGCGGGAAGAACAUGUGCGGACUGGCGGCCUGCGCCUCCUACCCCAUCCCGCAGGUGUGA